UUUUUUUUUUUUUUUUUUUUUUUUUGUGUUGUCCUUGGGUUAUCGUGUGGUUUUGCCAUUGAGUUUUGAAAAACAUAUUUGAUUUUAUCUACUGCUGCUGUACUUUCCAUCCAUUUUUAUCCUGCAGGGUUGAUUUGGGGAUAUACCUUAAAUGUACAUGGCCUUUUAUGUCUGUUCGAACUUGAUAAUACUUUUCUUUAAUUAUCUUUUUUUUUUUAAAAAAAAAAAUUAUUUGGAUUAGUGCUGCCUUCUGUCCUUGGCCGGUAGAGCUGCUCAAAAUAAAAGGUUGGGGCUUGUAGCGAGCUUCGUUCCAUAUCCCAUUAGAAUUUGACUGUAAUAACUCAAUUCUAUUUAUUAUAUUCUUUUAGGCAACGUAAAAGCGCGGGUGUCGUAAUUCUCAACGAGUCUUUGGGUAAAAUCUACAAAAAGAAUCCAAAUUAAUCUCAACCUCCUUAUGAAAUGCCUCACCCUUCCAUUAACCCCUCACCAUUUCCGCUCUCUUAUCCGCUCAUGUGCCCGCCAGUCCGCUCUCUCUGCUGGAGAACAACUCCAUGCUAUUAUUCUGACAACUGGCGUCGCCACCUCCCCAAACACCUUCCUUCUCAAUGCCGUUCUCCACAUGUAUGUUCAAUGCGGCAUUACCAGCAGUGCACACCACCUGUUUGAUCAAAUUCCCCACUCACACAAAGACAUAGCAGAUUGGACCUCUCUCUUAUCUUGCGUUACAAGACACAGCAGCACUCCUGGGGCUGCUUUUUCUUUGUUUAAAGAAAUGCGCAGAGAAGGAGUCGUGCUUGAUGAUGUAGCAUUGCUUUGCGUGUUUAGUUUGUGCGCGCGCGUGAGGGAUUUGGAGAUGGGGAGGCAAGUGCACAGUUCUCUGGUGAAAAUGGGUUUACGGUUUAGUGUUAAGACUUCCAAUGCGGUAAUAAACAUGUACGUGAAAUGUGGGUUCAUAAGUGAGGCAAGAAGAGCUUUUAAUGAAAUGGACGAACGGAAUGUAGUGUCAUGGAGUGAAUUAUUAGAGGGAGUGGUGAAUUGGGAGGGGGUAGAGAAAGGAAGAAUGUUGUUUGAUAAAAUGCCUGAGAGAAAUGAGGUUGGUUGGACUAUUAUGAUUUCAGGGUAUGUGGGAAGUGGGUUUUGUAAACAGGGGUUUCUUCUUUUAUCUCAUAUGGUUUCAGGGUUGAGGUUAGGGUUAAAUUAUGUUACACUCUGUUCAAUUUUAUCAGCUUGCUCACAGUCAGGGGAUGUAAUGAUGGGAAGGUGGGUUCAUGUUUAUGCGUUGAAAUCAAUGGGAAGACAGAUGGAUAUCAUGGUGGGUACAUCCUUAGUAGACAUGUAUGCAAAAUGUGGUAGAAUAAAUACGGCAUAUGAAGUUUUCGAGUAUCUUCCAAGAAGGAAUGUGGUGGCAUGGAAUGCAAUUCUUGCUGGUUUGGCAAUGCAUGGGAAGGGUAAAAUUGUGUUGGAUAUGUUUCCAGAGAUGAUUCAAGAAGCUAAGCCAGAUGAUUUGACCUUUAUGGCAGUGCUAAGUGCUUGCAGCCACUCUGGUUUAGUCAAUCAAGGUUGCCAUUAUUUUCAUCACCUUGAAUCUGAACAUGGUGUAAUACCUAAAAUAGAACACUAUGCUUGUAUGGUGGAUCUUCUAGGUCGUGCUGGUCGCAUAGAAGAAGCCCAAAUUUUGAUAAAGAAGAUGCCAAUGCCUCCAAAUGAGGUGGUUCUAGGAUCUCUUCUAGGUUCUUGCAACGUCCAUGGAAAGCUACAGCUUGGAGAACAGAUUCUGCAGGAGCUGAUUCAGUUUGAUCCACAAAAUACUGAGUAUCAUAUAUUGCUUUCAAACAUGUAUGCUUUAGCUGGAAAGCAAGACAAGGCGAAUUCUCUUCGGUAUGUCCUUAGUAGCAAGGGCAUAAAAAAGGUGCCAGGAAUGAGUUCUAUUCAUGUUGAUGGCCAAGUUCAUCAGUUCAGCUCUGGGGAUAAGUUACACCCACGAACCCUGGAAAUUUACCUGGCGUUAGAGGAUAUGAUUCAAAGGUUGAAAUUAGCCGGUUAUGUUCCUGAUACCACUUGCCAAGUUUUUUCUGGUUGUGAUGGUAGGGAGGGUAACACAGAGGAGAAGGAACAGGCACUCUUCUCCCAUAGUGAGAAGCUAGCAAUGUGUUUUGGGCUGAUAAGCACAAGACCUGGUUCGCCUCUGUAUAUAUUCAAGAAUCUGCGAAUUUGCCAGGAUUGUCAUUCUGCUGUCAAAAUUGCUUCUGAGCUAUAUAACAGAAAAAUUGUUGUUAGGGAUCGUAAUCGCUUUCAUUGUUUCAAGCAGGGUUCAUGCUCUUGUUCUGAUUAUUGGUGAAGUUAGGUGUAAAAUGUAAACAAUUAAAUAUUCAAAACAUAAAGUUGUUCAAAACCCAAAAGAGAAAUAAAGAAAUAAGGUUCACGUUAGCA